AUGCGCAUACAUGUUACAUCAGCAGGGCUAGCUGCCUUUCUAAUGAGUGUUGCAAGGGCGAAAGGCGAAGAUGCGAAUUCCGAGUCCCAAUCGACGAGUGCAGUAGACCUAAUCAUCAAUUUUACGUACUCUGACGCGCGGUGGAACUCGACUCGCACUUUUGACAACAGUUACCAACUGGAAUUUACAAAGGGGACAGAUACACAGGUCAGAAACGCAAGUCUAUGGAGAUACGACCCAGCAAGUAAGACAGGAGACGUUAUAUCGACCUACCCCCAAGAAAAGGGCCAGUUUGGAGGAGACGGUGGAAAUUCAAAGCAAAGGCGAAGCAGUGCUGGAGACGUUUCAAUUGCCGACACGCCUUUAUUUCUCCAACUAGACUGGCAGAGUACGGAUGGAGUGACACAAGGCCAGAGCUAUAGUCGCUACUUUGCAAUGAAUGAUGGAGAAAGCAGUGGUGAUGACACCACCAGCAGCGAUUUCCUCGAGAGAGAGGCGAGCACCACUGCUGCGUUUCCAGAGUGCUCGGGCGUUGCUUGUUCAACGUCGGGGCCGAACCAGCCGACGAGCACUGCGCAGACAGUGAGCCCAAGCGCCGUCUCCUCCUCGACCAGCAGCAGCGCGAGCUCGAGCGCCACCACCUCGGCCGCCGCAGCAGCGAGCGCGGGAUCCAGCGGACUCUCGACGGCCGCCACCAUUGGAAUAGCAGUAGCCUGCGGCGUCGUAGGCCUCGCCCUCAUUGGUGCCGGCAUCUGGUUCCUGUGCUGCUUCCGGCGGCGGCGCAACGGCACCGGCCACUCGGCCCUCGCCCAGCAAAACGGCAGCUACAUGUCCGACGGCCUGGUGGGCGGCGGCAUGCGCAGCGACAAGGAGCUCCCGCACGUCACCGACAGCCCCCAGUCGACAUUUGCUCCGACCCGGGGCCUGCGGGACUCGAUGAGCAGUACCGUCAUGGUGGGAGCGGGCACGGGACUCAUGAACAGUGGCGGCGGUAAUGAUCACCAUCACCACCAACAGCAGCUGCAGCAACAACAACAAGCCAUUCACCACCAUCAACACGCCGCACACGGAGGCAGCGUCGUCAUGGAUGACGAUGACACGUAUGCGCCGUACCGGGACCACACGCCCCCGCCCGCCGUCUACGCGAGCCACGACGGGGCCACGGCCGCGUCCACGGGCAGCCAGACGAGUCUGCCGGCUUCGUUGCAGCACCACGCCAGAAGCCCCACCCCGCCCAUAAGCUCACGGUACGCGCACCUCGUGGAGGAGGGCAUGACGGACGAGGAGAUUCGGCGGCUGGAGGAGGAGGAGCGGGCGCUCGACGUGGCUAUUGAGGAUGCUGGCCGGUCGAGUCGUUGUCAGAGCUAUUGCCAACAACAACAACAACUACAGCAACAACAACAACAAGGCAGAGCGCAAUGA